GGAGUAAAAACAAUAAAACAGGUAGGAAGGGAAGGGGAAGGGAUGAAGUAAAGAACAGAACUAAACACUAACUGGAUCAAAACUAAAGGGUAUUCUUCCGGCGAUUGUAUUGUAUAUUGACGCUCACAGAUUUCUGGGAGCGACAGUUGCAACUUCGAUUCGACUUGAAGAGAGGGAGGAAGGUGGAAAUUGGCAAAUUAUAAGAAUACGCUGAAAUGUCAGCGCUUUUCAAUUUCCAUUCAUUUCUAACUGUGAUACUUCUGGGAAUAUGUGCCUGCACUUAUUUCAAGAUGCAGUUUCCGGCGAUCCUUGACCAGAAAACUGGGUUUCGUGGUUUCUUCUGGAAGGCGGCAAGAAUAGGUGAACGUUUAAGCCCGUGGGUAGCUGCGGGUUGCUUUAUGAUGGGCGUUUCAAUAAUCUUCUUCUAAGUUUUGUUUUACUCAAUAGCGUGACACCUUCUUUGAGUUCUUUCAAUGGAGAUCUGAUGAUUGAUGGUGCUGCCCUUUCCCGGAUCAUCCAGUGAUUAUACUCAUUCUUCUGUACAGAUGUUUAGAAGUGAAACCAUUAGUGAUUGUAACCAUGAUUUGGCAACUUAGCGACAAAUAUCAAAUAUGAUUUUUUCUAUGAAAUAUUGCACCAUAAACUUGUUAAAAGAAAUUGAAACUGGAUCAGCUAUGUGGAACUUUUUUGGUCAAAGCACGUAUAGUAUUGCAAUGGCCUUAAUGGAAGUCCUGAACAGAUGCUGAUUUGAUACUUACAUAUAUCGUUUCAUUACCUCUGAUUUC